AGCAUAUGGUUUAACAAAUGGGCUUCGAACCCACUCUACUUGGGUUUCUUUUAAACAAAACUGGACCCGGCCCAAGUAAGGCCCAUUAUGUACCAAGAACAAGUGAACAACAGAGAGCGGGUGUGUCGUUGGAAGUUUGAAACUUGGGAGAGAAUGAAGAAGGCUUUGAAAGCAUACGGCGCCGUUCUGAGGCUGGUGAGGCGGCUGCCCAAGGAUACAAGGCCAUACUACGCCAAGUACGCCAGAGAGAAUUUCGUCAACUACAGAGAAGUCGACGCCGCCGACCCUAACGCCCUUAAUGACCUCUUCAAUAGAACUUACACCCACUCUCUUUGGGUUCUCAACAAGUAUUCGGUGGACCAAGCGGCUGCUGAUAAACUGAAAGAGAUCUGCUGCAGUUAAUAUACUCAUGUGCGUUCCAGGUGUUUGUUUUUAUUCCCAAGAGAGGGCAAACUUGAGCUUCUACUGAUUUUUUAUUAAAUGGGUUGCGAAUGGAUUAUGAUGUAGUUAACAGAAUGCGGCAUGUUGUGUAGGAUCAGUGCCAUGUCGCGUGACUAAUGCUGGAAGGAGGUAUUUUUUUUGGCUUUCAUUCCUGCUUUUUCCGGUGAUAGUCUUGACUUUUGAGAAGGAACCAUCAGCUUGGAUUGGAGUUCAAUGUGUCGGCAUUAUCAGAGGACAAGGACACAGUUCUAUUUUUUAUUUCUUUUCUUCGAUUUUCAGUCUACAAACAGGGUAUUUAGCGGAAAAUCCAAGGAUAAAUCUUUAUGAUAACUAUGUUUGGUUUCAGAAAUUACUAAUAAAAAAAAAAGUUGAUAAGAAAAA